UUUCCUUCCUCCUAGUUUUCCUCAUGAACCUCCUGUUGUGAAAGUAACACCUCCUGUAAACCACCCCUGGGUGGAUCCUGAGACACAACAAAUUGUUGGAUCACCUAGGCUUAUAGCAUUUUCUAUGCAUUCUGACUUAGGAAGGAUAGUACAGAGUGUAAUCAAUGAGUUCCAAACCCACCCACCAGAAGUUCUUCCACCAAAUAUAGUACAGCCACCAUAUUUAACCAGCUCAGGACUGUCUGUGUCUCAGGAUACCUGUUCUUACAUGUUGAAUGAUUGUAUCUUUCCAGUACUGAAGGAGUUAAGUAUUCCUGAACUUGAAAACCUGAAAGAUGAAAAGAGUUUGGACAACUAUCUUGAAGACCUUCCAGAAGUUAAACAGAUUAUUCCUGAACUUGAAAACCUGAAAGAUGAAAAGAGUUUGGACAACUAUCUUGAAGACCUUCCAGAAGUUAAACAGAUGUAUGAUCUGCGAUAUCAACUCGUACAACAAAACAAAGAAUUAGCUAGUGAAAACCUAGACAGAAAACCCGUUAUUGAAGAGCGUAAGAAGCAACUUUUGGAAAAGGUAGAAGAGUUCCAGAGUCUUCGGAAGGAGUUUGACGAUGCUAGUCAGAUGUUUGAUCUAUUUGCCGAUGCUUAUACUCCUUCAACACUUCAGGUGCGUUUAGGAGUCGCAACACUACAGGCAGAAGAAGAAUCGGAUAAGGUGGCAGAGAUAUUUUUAUCCGGGGCACUUUCAACAGAAGACUUUCUUAAAAAAUUUACAGAAAUAAAAAUACUUGCUCACCAGCGAAGAGCUAAGGAGGAGAGGCUUCAGCAUCAGUUACUGGAACUGCAAAGAGCUGGAAUUUAGAACUGGUAUCAAGUUUCUUCAUACUUCAUUGAAAGUUCCAGAAGCAAGAGGGUAUUACACAACAAGACAGAACGAUGGAAAAGUUAGUCAAGAGCUUGAGGGCCAUGUGACAGCCUCUCCCACAUUUGACAUUUUGUAAUCGUUAUUUUUGCUUCCCAUUUAAUACGAGCUGAGAAAUAUCAGACACGUUCUAGUGCUUCCCUCAUCUAGUUCGGGUAAAAACAUUUAGUUCGUCUUUUAUGUUGACCUUGUUUCUUUCGGUUAAGUUAUUUUAUAAGGAAUAGUACCAUUCAAGUUGUUGGUGUAUGAUUUUCAGGUAAUUAAAAACACUAUUGAAGAUAAUUUAGAAAUAAAGGAAUGUGUAAAAACUACAGAAUUAAUUAAGACCAGCUACUACACAUUAAUAAGACAACUUACCUACAUUAUUAUAAGCACUUUCACUAAGGACAACCGAAAUAUAUUUAAUACAUUUACAUAGUUGCAAUUGUACACCACAAACUUCUAACUAAGUGCUGACAGUAAGUUUCCACUUAGGAUUCUGUAUCUUUACUUUAAAAUUGUGAUUGGAUUUGUAUGAUAGAAAAAUAAGUUUUAAACAAAGUUUCAGCCAGUGUAAGUAAUCUUUGUAAAAGGAUUUCUAGUGUGUCUUCUUACAGGUAACUGGUUGAUUCUUCACUCUCUUUAAAGCAUCACUGAACAGGACUUCUAGUGUGACUUGUUACAGAUAAUCGGUUCUUCACUCUACUUUAAAGCAUCACUGAACAGGUCUUCUAGUGUGACUUGUUACAGAUAAUCGGUUCUUCACUCUACUUUAAAGCAUCACUGAACAGGUCUUCUAGUGUGACUUGUUACAGAUAAUCAGUUCUUCACUCUACUUUAAAGCAUCACUGAACAGGACUUCUAGUGUGACUUGUUACAGAUAAUCGGUUCUUCACUCCUCUUUAAAGCAUCACUGAACAGGUCUUCUAGUGUGACUUGUUACAGAUAAUCGGUUCUUCACUCUACUUUAAAGCAUCACUGAACAGGACUUCUAGUGUGACUUGUUACAGAUAAUCGGUUCUUCACUCCUCUUUAAAGCAACACUGAACAGGACUUCUAGUGUGACUUUUUACAGAUAAUCGGUUCUUCACU